AUGACGUCAGCAGCCGAAAAGAAGCUUAACCUGGAGCGGGCCACAAACUUCAUGCGACAGUACCGAGACCCGCAGUCCCGUGAACUCAAGAAGUUGUCCGCCAACCAGUUCAUGGAGGUCUGGAGUCAUUACGACAAAGACGGCAAUGGGUAUAUAGAAGGGACGGAACUAGAUGGGUUUUUGAGAGAAUUUGUAUCCAGUGCCAACGCAGAAAACGUCAGCCCUGAGGCGGUGUCAGACGCCAUGUUGGUGGAGCUGAAGCAGUGUUUCAUGGAGGCAUACGACGACAACCAAGACGGCAAAAUAGACAUAAGAGAGCUUGCCCAGCUGUUGCCGAUGGAAGAGAACUUCCUAUUGCUCUUCCGUUUCGAUAACCCUCUCGAGGCCAGCGUUGAAUUCAUGAAGAAACGAUGGGUUAGUGGUGUAGAUGGACAGUGCGUUCUCGGUGACUUGCCGUCAGCUGUGUCUAGGAGGCGUGGCCAGCUGUUUGUCGAUCUCGUUUCAAUGGGCCGGUCACCCGUGCGAGCUGCUCUGUUGCGCACACGAAGGAAACAGUCUGGGGACAGUCGCGCAACUGUUGCAACCGAUGUUCCCGGACCCAAUUUGCCAGCGACUGCUCUGCGACUCAAUUGUUGCGGGACUGUCGCUCUAGGUUUGGCUAAUGGUGACGCAAAGCGUUUUUGGGGAAUUGUGAAUGAGGCUGCCGGCCGCCCAGUUAGAAAACAACCUUUCCCUGUGCAGGAGUUUGCAGAUUCAAACGACGCUGUCACUCCCGACCAUGUCAAAUCUAUUUCCAAUUCAUUCAACAACUAUUUUGCAUCGGUUGGAGUAGAGCUCGCUACAGCUUUACACCCUGAUGGCCCUCCUCCAGUGUUGGUGGAGGCCGAUCCCAGCCAGGAGUCUGUCUUCCGAUUCCAGCCGGUCACCGGAGAGCAGAUUACUGAGGUCAUUGGCCACUCUCUUCAGUAUCUGCGCCUGUCACAUGCCUUGGCCUCUUCCCUCAAGCAAGUGCCUGGGGACGCACUCCGCCCCCUGGGCAGUCUCCAGCACCUAGACAUGAGCCACAACAAGCUGCAUAGCCUUCCAGAGACAGCCUUCCACUUCCUACGACGUCUGAGAGUGUUGCAGCUGGAGGACAACAUGAUUGACAAUGUCCACAAAGGCACAUUCCAGGGUGACAUCCACAGGGAGCUGGAAGAGUUGUACUUCUCCUUCAACAAGUUGUCGGCUAUCAACACACACACGUUUGUAGAUCUGUCUCAGUUGUCGCGACUGAAGUUGGACGACAACGUGAUCUCGCGUGUGGACCGCCGCGCGUUCAUCAACCUAGAGCAUCUACGCGAGCUGGAUCUGCGAGGCAACAAGAUCUCUUUUGUCAGCGACGAAGCCUUCCAGAAUCUUCCCGAGCUGGAACACUUGGACAUGGCCUACAACCAGUUGAGGAUGUUCAACUUUGCCUGCUUAGACCAGGUUGGAACUUUGGCAACAUUCAAGCUCAACAUGAGCUACAACUCCCUGCGUGACCUUGAACUGAACACAACCUUCACUGGAAGAGAGAACAUCAUUCAUGCAAAUGUUAAGGUUUUAGACAUGUCACACAACAACAUUACCCACAUCGGCCGCGGCUACUUUCGCCCUGUGGAACGCAGUCUGACUCAUCUCUACCUGCGACACAACUGGUUGAGCAACGCGACACGUGACGUGUUCGGCAACAUGCCGCAUCUUCAGUGGCUCGACCUGGCUCACAACAAUCUCUACGAGGUCGACUUUGACAGCUUCAGAAACACCAAGAAACUCCAGGUCUUGUACAUGUCCUGGAACCAUCUGCAUGAUCUGCCAGCCGAGCUCUUCCGCGGCUUGUCCAACCUGCGUGUUGUUGAACUUUCAGGAAACAGGCUCCGUUCACUGCCGGACUCAUUGUUCAGUGAGGAUGGUCUAGAGAGAGUGAGUGUGUCCUACAAUCAGCUGUCUCGUAUGCCAGUGUCUACCUUCAGUCCAGCGGCCGCAUCUACCCUAUGUCAGCUAGACCUCAGUCACAACGCCAUCGCAACGCUCCACGCUCCUGAGACCUUCUCUCGUUUCAGGUCGCUGAUGUCGCUUGAUCUGUCGUACAAUCGUUUGUUGAGACUGGAGGACUCGACGUUUGCCUCGAUGCCAAGACUCGCCUACCUUGAGCUGAGCCACAACACAGAGUUGAGCCUCGAGCCGCGCGGACGCUCCUUCAUCGGCCUAGACGACAGUCUGCAAUACCUCGGUCUCGGCAAUGUAUCCCUCUCCUCUGUUCCCGAACUUCCAUUGCCCAAUCUCCACACUCUCCAGUUGUCAUGGAACUCCAUCUCUGUGCUGCCUCCGGAGAUGGCCUCCAAUCUGAGUCAUCUCCGCCACCUCGACCUCAGCAACAAUCUCCUCACUCAGGUACCCUUGGUCACUCACUCCCUGCCGCAACUGAGAGCCCUGUUCCUCAACCACAACCCCAUCACAACCCUCACCAACACGAGUCUCCUAGGAGGCGCUGAGAGACUCCGGGAGCUCGACAUCAGGCACCUGCCUCUCAACUACUUUGAGAUGGGAGCUCUGGGCAAGAUGAGGAUUCUGGAGACCCUGCAUAUCACCCCAACCAAGAAUGUGGCUCACUUCAACCUGCCGGAACUUCUGCAGCAUAACUACGGACUGCAUAAUCUGCAUAUUGAGGUUGACGACAAGAGUUCUCUCAAUGAGGAGAUGCGAGGAGAGUUUCCUCCUAAAGUUCGAAACAUCACCAUCAGCGGCAAACAGCUGAGGACUCUUGGAAACAACAUCCUUCAGGGUAUUCGUUAUCCAUCUCUGAACUUCACUCUGCGCAACACUAGUGUGGAGAGUCUGCCUCGUAGUCUUUGGAACAACUUGCCUUACGUACGCAACAUCACUCUGGAUCUGCGUAACAACUCUCUGCGCAUCGUAGGUAACCCCAACACCGGAAACUUCCCCAACGAGCCUCAGCGAACCUUCCUGCAACGUCUCUGGCUGGGCGGCAACAACUGGGCUUGUGACUGUGAGCUUGGUUGGGUAGAGGUGUGGCAGCGUAAGAAGCGCCAGCUACUGUGUCGUCACGCCACGCCAGAUCAUCAGGCCGAUCCUCACUGUCUCGGUGCAGAGGACGAUUUACGGGAGACUCACUGCGCCAAUCGUGGACACCAACCCCUUCUGGAGGUACUGAAGGCUGAUUUGGAGUGCGGAUGGGGAGCCGGCAGCAGAACCACCAACACAUUCACACUUCUUACUCUAACUGUGCUUCUGUCCUUCUUCGUUGCAUUCUAAUCUUUAAUCUAAUACUCUAUGUUCCUUCAAUACUGUCUUUAUAAUGACAUCUAUACUACCAACAAUGAGAUACUUGAGUAGGCUAGGCAGUUCGAGGCAACUCGAUCAGUUAAUUUAACCUAAAAGAAAUUUCAAUGUUUUGGAACUACUUAUUUUUUUAGUUUUAAACAAUUUUUUUACCGUUAAACACUUACUAGGUUUUACAAACUAAAACAUUAGAUUCUUUCUUUGAAGAAAUUCUGUGAUAUUUUAGAAUAUUCUUUCCCACUUGUUGCUUUAACUUGAUCCCUGAAUGUCCUGUAUAGUUCAAUGUGGAGGAAUUUCUAAGGUUCACUACUAUUUAUUCUUUCAUUAAGUUGUUUACUUGUGUACUGAUUGAAUGAUUCUCGAAUUCUACACCAUUAUCGAGCUUUAAUGUAACUAGCCUUAUGUAUAAACUUGUGUAUUUUGUAGCUAUAUUUUUCUGUCUGUACAAAUUAUACAGUUAAGACAGUUUUGUUUAAUUUAUUGUACUUUCUUUUAUGUAUGUUAAUUUGAUAAUCAUAUGUCAGUUUUAUUUUUAUUGGCUGUGUUUGUACGAUUGAGUGGUUUUUAUUUAUUUAUUUAUUGUAAGUUUUUGUGUUGAAUGUUUGUAACUUACAACGUUCGUUCAAUGUUGUUUGGAUUUUUUGUCUAUUACUGUUUGGUUAAAGAUUUAUUUAAUAAGUGAAUCUCCCACUAUGAGUCAAAUUUUUUGUAGCAAUGCAAUCAAAUUUGCAUUCUCUACAUCUGAACUGAACAUUUUCAAUAUUCAUAUUUGGUUAGUUAUAAAAAUAUUUGCAUUUUGCCAUGCAGGAGACAUGUUAACAAAUUUAUCUGGAAUAAAAUUCAAUUAAUUUAUUAAA